AUGGCUGACUUGGCGAUGACUUACAAGGAACAAGGACGAUUCGAAGAGGCCGUGGACUUACUGUCUAGAGCCAUACCUGGAUUUAAGAGGCUACUGGGGUCAGAAAACCCAAGUACUCUGUCGAAAGUGUCCAACCUGGGAACCAUUUAUCAAGCCCAAUACCGCUGGGAAGAAGCAGCUGCUCUUUUCAUCGAAGUCAAAGAUACCUGCCACUCUAUCCUCGGAGAACGCCAUCCUUUUUCGCUCACGAGUACUAAUAACCUCGCCAAUGUAUACAGUGCGCAGGGCCGUUGGGAGGAAGCUGAGAUUAUGCUUGACAAAACCCUCAGCAUCGCAGCAGACGCUCUGGGACCACAAAAUCCCAUCACAAUCAGAACUCAACGUGCCCUCGCCAAUUUGUAUUCAAAGAAGGGUCAGUUUACACGUGCUGCAAAGGCGUUCGAAAACACGCUAAGCGGUUCAGAAGAGGAGUUUGGUGAUGAUUACCCAGAGACCAUUGAGGCUCGCAAAUAUCUAGGAGAUAUGUAUCACCGAUUGGGCUUAUACGAAAAGGCAGAGACACUACAUUCCAAUGCCUUGAAAACGCUUGAGUUAGUAAGAGGGAUAGAUCAUCCCUCUACGAUAAGUGCAGCCAACUCUCUGGCUUCGACCUAUAAAGAACAAGGUAGAUUGAGAGAUGCCGAGCAGAUUCAGCAAAAGACCAUUCAACGGUGCGAUAGUACUUUUGGCCCUCUGCACUACAUGACUCUGCAUGUCCAGCUCGACCUCGCAGCGAUUUUCAUGGACCAGGAACGUUUCGAAGAGGCCGAAAAAUUGAUUGAACGUAUCGUACUGCACGAAGCGCAACUGCACGACCGAGAUCAAAGUCUUCGAGUAGAUGCACUCGCUAAACUUGUUACUAUUUAUCGAUGCCAACAUAAAUUUGAAGAAGCUGAAAAGCUGGGAAUUGAGGUCAUCAAAACCAGAGCGGCUCUCCAAGGUGACGAGCAUCCGUUGGUCCUUGAAAGUAAGAACAACCUUGGCAGCGUCCUUAUGGAGAUGGGAAAGUUGAGCAAUGCCACCAACCUCUUCACUAAUGUGAUAAAUGCAAAGGAAGCGCAAGGUAUCCGAGAUCCAGUAUAUUUGACGAGCAAAUAUUGUCUCAUCGCCACAUAUGCAGCAGCAGAAAAGUGGGUUGAUGCUGUGGAAUUAGGAAUUGAGGUUCUCGAAAUGGCAGAAAGAGCAUUAGGAACAGGCCAUCCGGCAUGGAUCAGAGCCGCAGACCAUGUCCUCUUUGCGUAUGCUGAGCAAGAGAGAUGGUCAGAUGCGCAAGAGAUUGAAGAGCAAAAACUGGACAUGUUGCGCGAGUUGCAAGGCGAAGACCACUCCAAUACCAUAGCAUGCAUUACUCUGCUGGCAUGGAUCUGCGAAGAGAAUGGCCAAUGGACGAAGGCGGAAAAACUCAAGCUUGAAGUCAUCGACAAGAACAGAUCUAUACUAGGACCUGAUCAUGAAGACACUGUGCGAUAUAUGGAAGAUACAGUAACUUUCUAUACGAGACUUGGAGACCUCGAGAAGGCUGAAAAACUUACUCUUGAAGUCAUGGAGAUCCGACAGCGAGCUUUGGGAAAUAUUCAUCCUGAAACUAUACGCACAAUGGAUUUUCUAGCAAAUAUUAUGGCCGCCCGUGGCAAGCAUACCGAGGCACAGGGUAUGAAAGAGGCGUGUCACUUGUUGAAACUAGAAAGUCCCUCAUAG